CGCCCGACUUCGCAGCGUCCAGCGGAGCGGGGGAUAGGGGAGCGGGAUAGAGGAAGAAGGAAUUUCGAUCACUGUGAGGGUGCCGGGGAAAGGGUCUCGAGGGUCCGGGCCAACAACAGAGGAGCACAGAGCUCGGAGAAAAGAUGGAUCAUGUGAGUGGGACUGAGAGGUGUACGGAGCUGAGCUUCUGUGGCUGUAAAUCACCCUGUCCUCCCCGCUAUAAAGCGCCUGUCCCACCAGGCGUGAGAGGAGACGCUCGCCGCCCUCUGACCCCAAGCUCAGCGCGGGCUCUUGGCCCAGCCAGUGACCCCUGCAACCUCCUGCCAUGUCGGAGGAGCUAGCCACCGGCCCCAAGGAGAGCCCGCGGGCGCCGCGGGCAGGACCCCGCGAGGUGUGGAAGAAGGGCGGCCGCCUGUUGUCCGUGCUGCUGGCCGUGAAUGUGUUGCUUCUCGCCUGCACGCUCAUCAGUGGCGGUGCCUUCAACAAGGUGGCGGUGUAUGACACCGACGUGUUCGCCCUGCUCACCACCAUGAUGCUGCUCGCGGCGCUCUGGAUCCUCUUCUACCUCCUCCGCACCGCGCGCUUCCCCGACGCUGUCCCCUAUCGAGAUGCGCACGCCGGCCCCAUCUGGCUCCGAGGUGGGCUGGUGCUGUUUGGGAUCUGCACUCUGGUCAUGGAUGUCUUCAAGACCGGCUACUACUCCAGUUUCUUUGAGUGCCAGUCGGCCAUCAAGAUCCUGCACCCUCUCACCCAGGCUGUGUUUGUCAUUGUCCAGACUUACUUUCUCUGGGUCUCUGCGAAAGACUGUAUUCACGUCCACCUGGACCUGACCCGGUGUGGUCUCAUGUUCACACUGACCACCAACCUGGCCAUCUGGAUGGCAGCUGUGGUGGACGAGUCCGUACACCAGGCCCACUUCCACAGCAGUUCUCACGGCAACGCCAGCCACUCCCGCCUCGCUCCUGACCCGGAGCGUGCGGGCAGCCAGGUGGGAGGAGACUGCCCCUGCGACACGGCCAUCUGCCAGAUCUUUCAGAAAGGCUACUUCUACCUGUACCCCUUCAACAUUGAGUACAGCCUCUUCGCUUCCACCAUGCUCUACGUCAUGUGGAAGAACGUGGGCAGGCUGCUGGCCUCUUCCACCCAUGGCCACGGCCAAGGCCACGGCCACGCCCCGUCCCGGGUCAGCCUCUUCCAGGAGACCUUCUUUGCCGGCCCGGUCCUGGGCCUGAUGCUCCUCAUGGUGGGGCUGGCCGUCUUCAUCAUCUACGAGGUCCAAGUGAGUGGGGAGGGGGACCACAGCCAGCACGCCCUGAUCAUCCACUACAGCUUCAACAUCGUCUGUCUGGGGCUCAUGACCUUGGGCAGCCUGGGCGGCUCAGUCAUCUACCGUUUUGACCGCCGGGCCAUGGACCACCAUAAGAACCCCACGCGGACCCUGGACGUGGCCCUGCUGAUGGGUGCCGCCCUGGGCCAGUACGCCAUCUCCUACUACUCGAUCGUGGCCGUCGUGAUAGGCGUGCCCAGGGGCCUGCUGGGGGGGCUCAACCUGGCCCAUGCUCUGCUCACGAUUGCCCAGCACACCUUCCAGAAUGUCUUCAUCAUCGAGAGCCUCCACCGGGGCCCCCCUGGGGCUAAGCCUCACGAGACCCCUCCCAAGGAGCCCUGCCUUACCUUUGCCAACCUGGAUGCCCUCCACCCCUUGCCCACCUGCCCGCCCACCCCCAGGCCGGUUGGCCCAAGCCCAGCAGGCCCUCAGGAGGCAAAGGCCAUCACCUUGGCCCCCAGGGGCCACUGGAGACGCCGAUGCCUGAAGGACAUUUCUCUGUUUCUCCUGCUCUGCAAUGUCAUCCUGUGGAUCAUGCCCGCCUUCGGGGCUCGCCCUCACUUCAGCAACAAGGUGGAGGUGGGCUUCUAUGGCUACUCCCUCUGGGCAGCCAUCGUCAACAUCUGCCUGCCUUUCGGCAUCUUCUACCGCAUGCAUGCUGUCUCUAGCCUGCUGGAGGUCUACGUGAUGUCCUGAAGCUCCGCCCCGCCCCACGACGGAGACGUGGAGGGAGGGACUCAGCUCAUGUACCCACCCAGAGACCCUCGGGAAUGAAACCCAGGCUGGCAGUCACUGUGCCACAUUACCACGCUUUCCUGCUGGCCUCAGAGUGGAAUUUUCACAAAAGUUUUUUUUUCUUUUUUCCCAGGAUGAGUUUUUAAUUCACAAUCAGGAGAUGCCUAUCCACCCCAGCAUGACCCUGGGGCAUGGGGCUAACCGGGAGGGAGACGUCUCCCUGCAGCUGUAGGACUAGUAACUGUUGGUGGCUCCAGCUCCACCCUUCAUCCCAGCCCUGUGACCUGGCCAGUGCUGCCAUCUGGAGCUGGGAACCAAUAAACCUGCAGUUUGCUCCC